AUGUCGUCAUACGCCAAAGAGCUUGAGAUAGCUCAGCUAGCCGUCCAGCGUGCUUCCAUUUUGACCAAGAGGGUUUUCCACGAGAAAGCCAAAGGAACCGUCUCUAAAGAUGAUAAAUCGCCUGUCACGAUCGGUGAUUUUGGUGCUCAGGCCCUUAUUAUUAGCGCCCUGAAAGCGAACUUCCCUGACGAUGAGAUCGUCGCUGAGGAGGAGGCCGCUCAGUUGCGCCAGGACACCAAUUUAAGACAGACUAUCUGGGACUUGGUUAAGACUACUCAACUCUCUGAUCCUGAAGCUGAGAGUCUGCUCGGCGGGGAGAUCAAUGACGAGGAGUCCAUGAUGACAAUGAUCGACUACGGCAACAGUAAAGGUGGCGCUAAGGGCCGCAUAUGGGCCAUCGACCCUAUCGAUGGGACCAAGGGUUUCCUACGUGGUGGCCAAUAUGCUGUGUGUCUCGCUUUGAUGGUAGAUGGGGAUGUUAAGGUUGGCGUCCUGGGUUGCCCGAAUCUGCCUAUUGACGAUUCUGCUCCGCUAUCAGGAAGCAUGGAAACUGGCCAGACUGAUGAGGGCCGAGGUGUCCUAUUCUCGGGUGUGCUAGGCCAGGGCGCCACAAGCCGCUCAUUGACUACUGGCUCCCUAGUUAAGGAGAAGAGCAUCUCUAUGAAAGCUAUCACUGACAUCUCCGUCGCCACAUUCUGCGAGAGUGUAGAAGCCGGCCACUCGUCCCACGGAGAUCAGGCCGAGAUCGCUCGGUUGCUUGGCAUAACAAAUCCUAGUGUGAGAAUGGACUCCCAGGCUAAAUAUGCUUCUAUUGCACGAGGUGCUGGCGACAUCUAUUUGAGACUACCUGUCAGCGCGACGUACCAGGAGAAAAUCUGGGACCACGCUGCGGGCGAUCUCAUCGUCCGCGAGGCUGGUGGUGCCGUAACAGAUAUCCACGGCAAGCGACUAGACUUUAGCGUUGGACGAACACUGGCAAAUAACAAGGGCGUCGUCGCCGCAUUUGCUGCUACUCAACCCCAGGUGCUAAAGGCCGUCCAGGAGGUUCUUACGAAGAAAUAA